CUCUACUUAGGCUGGAUCCACAUGCAUCCGUGAUACGCAUCCGUUGUAUACCACGUGAUCAAUAUCAACAAAUGAAAUUUUAGGGAAUAAAAUCACGUACGUUUCAAGGUCACAACGGAUUGAAGUUGGUCAAUUUUAACUUUUUAUGCGUGAUUGAGGUUAAGUUAUUGUUUUGUAUACGAGACACGAGUGUUGUGAUUUUUAAAAUUUUUAUUUACUUUUGACAAAAAGUUAUUUUUAACAAUGUCGAGCCAAGUUCAGUACCAAUGUGCGUACUGCAAAUUUUUUAUAAAUUCCUAUUGUGAGGACUACAUGGAACAUAUCUGUUUCAGUGAAAAAUUGAAAAAUCUGCCCACUGACAAAAAUUAUGCAAUUGUAUUAUCUGGACAGCAUAAUAAUGUGUUGGAAUUAGUUGAAGAUCCAAGCACAACUCGGCCAGCAGCAAGUCCUACAGAAGGAAGUCUGGAUGACGAAAUGUUAAUUUCAUUGGUGCAAAGCAAACGAGCCCUUUGGGAUCACAGACUUCCUGUGGCUCAAAGAUCACCAGCCAAAAUAAGACAGAUGUGGGAGAGUAUUGCUCAGGAAUUAGAAGGUAUUAUUAAAUAAUAUUUUUCUUGUUAAUCGAAAAUUGUUAGCACAGAAAUGGA